AUGAACAACGACAACGGCAACAACGCUAAUGGAGUCGGAAACCAAAAUCAUGAGAUUCCUCGACACCUUCUCCAACACGUACCGAGGCCUCGGGAGGUUAGAUUUAUGUUGACGGACAGGCAGUUGGAAUUGAUGUAUGUCGUUUGGGCUGCCGCGCGAGGCCGCGUGCACCAGCAGGUGUAUCGCCCGGAAUUGCCGAUCCCUCCCUAUCCGUUACCCCCGGUCUGGCCAGAUGACGUACGGGCGAUGGUGAUCCUAUGGGUUGCAAGGGAGCGCCGGAUGUUCGAACUGGAGAUGUCCGAGCUGGAAUAUAUCCUAGGCCUCAGGGUUCGCGCGCGUUAA